AUGGCGGCCCUUCACACGCCUCCAGACUCCCCAGCCGCCCAGCGGGAGAGGGCGGAGGACGGCUCGGAAUGUGAUCCUGAUCAGGAGGAGGAAAAGGGGGAAGAGGAGGGGGAGCUGGCGAAGGAGGAGGCGGCGGUGGUGGAGGCCGAGGCCGCAGAGGCCGUGGCGGAGGUGGCAGAGGAGCUGGAGGCCGACAGGGUGCAGGCCGGGCUGGGGCGGCAGGCGGAGGACGCCAACGCGGAGGCGGUGGUGGCAGAAGAGCAGAGUCCGGCGUCGGGGACCCAGGAGCGCUUUAGCUGUGGUGGGGAUGCCGAGUCCCCAGGUCUUCAGGAAAAGGCCCUGCAGGCAUCCCGGGCUCCAGCCAUGUCGAGGGGUGAGGACCUGGAGCAGGACGAGGAUGAGGACGAGGACGAGGACGAAGACAAGGACGAGGACGGUUCCCUGGCAUCUGGGUCUCAGGGGCUGGUGGCCUUUGAAGACGUGGCUGUGUACUUCUCGCUGGAGGAGUGGGAAAGGCUGGAUGCAGACCAGCGGGAGCUCUACCAGGAAGUCAUGCAGGAAAACUAUGGGAUUCUGGUAUCCUUGGGAUACCCAAUCCCCAAGCCGGAUCUGAUCUUCCGGCUGGAGCAAGGAGAGGAGCCUUGGGUCCCGGAUAGCCCCCGUCCUGAGGAGGGAGACAUCGUCACCGGUGUCUACACAGGGGCCUGGUUCUGGACCGACGACAUAGAGGACCACGAGGAGGAGGACGACGAGGACUUCCUGGCAGAGGUGGCCGAGGAGGAGAAUGAGCCCCCAGGGCUGUGGUCCGCGGCCUACGGCGUGGGGGACGUGCCUGGGACCUGGGGCCCCGACGACUCGGAUUCGGCGCAGACUCCAGAGGGGUGGGGUCUUGACCCCGGCGGCCUCGGGGUCCUGGCCGAGGGGUCCGAGGCGAAGGCCUUUCUGCAGGGCCGGGAGCCGGGCGCGAGCCUGCUGGCGCCCUGGGCGUUCCCGGCCGCGGUGGCCGCUCCAGUUGGGCGGCCGGAGACGACGUGUGACGUGUGCGGUAAAGUGUUCCCGCACCGGUCCCGGCUGGCCAAGCACCAGCGCUACCACGCGGCCGUCAAGCCCUUCGGCUGUGAUGAGUGCGGCAAGGGCUUCGUGUACCGCUCGCACCUGGCCAUCCAUCAGCGCACCCACACCGGCGAGAAGCCCUUCCCGUGUCCGGACUGUGGCAAGCGCUUCGUGUACAAGUCGCACCUGGUCACGCACCGGCGCAUCCACACGGGCGAGCGGCCCUACCGCUGCGCCUUCUGCGGCGCGGGCUUCGGGCGCCGCUCCUACCUGGUCACGCACCAGCGCACGCACACCGGCGAGCGGCCCUACCCCUGCCCGCACUGCGGCCGCAGCUUCAGCCAGAGCUCGGCGCUCGCGCGGCACCAGGCCGUGCACACGGCCGACCGGCCUCACUGCUGCCCCGACUGCGGCCAGGCCUUCCGCCUCCGCGCCGACUUCCAGCGCCAUCGACGGGGCGGCGGCUGCGCGGAGCCCGGUGGCGACGGCCCUCGGCGCGAGCCCUGUGAGACUGGGCCCUCGGCGGGGCCCGAGGAGGCCGAAGCCGGGCCCGAGGGUCCUGAGGUCGACGAAGCAGACGGAGAGGCCGAGGCGAGAGAGGCGGCGAUGGAGGCGCCCACCCCGGGGAGAAAGGAUGACCCCGAGCCGGACAGGCGGUUUCUGGGGCUGGGCAACGGCCUGGGGGAGGGCGAAGGCCCUUCCUCGCACCCGCUCGGCUUCCACUUGACCGUGCACCCCAAGUCUUGGCUCCACCCGGAUGGCUUUCCGAUCCUGGGCCUCCCGGACUUCGCGGAGCGGCUGUCGACCGACGGGCGCCCCCUGUCCGGACCCCUGGGGGGCCGGCUCUCCCUGGUAGAAGGCGCGGGGCUGGCCUGCGACCCUUUCGGCGGCGGUGCUGGGCCUGGGGGCGGCGGUGGCCUGCGUGCGUUCGGGCCUGCAGUCGGGGGGUUGCUGGCGGAGCCUGCGCCUGCCGCACUGGCCGAGGAGGAGAGCCCGUGGAUAUGCUCCGACUGCGGCAAGACGUUCGGGCGCCGCGCGGCGCUGGCCAAGCACCAGCGCUACCACGCGGGCGAGCGGCCGCACCGCUGCGCCGACUGUGGCAAGAGCUUCGUGUACGGCUCGCACCUGGCGCGCCACCGCCGCACGCACACGGGCGAGCGGCCCUUCCCGUGCCCCGAGUGCGGUGCGCGCUUCGCCCGCGGCUCGCACCUGGCGGCGCACGUGCGUGGCCACACGGGCGAGAAGCCCUUUGUGUGCGGCGUGUGUGGCGCGGGCUUCAGCCGGCGCGCGCACCUGACGGCGCACGGGCGCGCGCACACGGGCGAGCGGCCCUACGCGUGCGGCGAGUGCGGCCGCCGCUUCGGGCAGAGCGCGGCGCUGACGCGACACCAGUGGGCGCACGCCGAGGAGAAGCCACACCGCUGUCCCGACUGCGGCAAGGGCUUCGGCCACAGCUCGGACUUCAAGCGGCAUCGGCGCACGCACACGGGCGAGAAGCCCUUCCGCUGCACCGACUGCGGCCGCGGCUUCGCGCAGCGCUCCAACCUGGCCAAGCACCGGCGCGGCCACACGGGCGAACGGCCCUUCCCGUGCCCCGAGUGCGGCAAGCGGUUUUCGCAGCGCUCGGUGCUCGUGACACACCAGCGCACGCACACGGGCGAGCGGCCCUACGCCUGCGCCAGCUGCGGCCGCCGCUUCUCGCAGAGCUCGCAUCUGCUCACCCACAUGAAGACGCACCGCGGCACGGCGGGCGCGCCUGGCCAGACGCCGGCCGCCCCCGCGCCCAAGGCCGAGGCACCAGCUAAGGGGCUGCAGAGCGCGGGCGCAGGGACCGGGCCCGGGGAGCGCGGCAGCACCCUGCUGGAGUUCGCAGGCGGAACGAGCUUCGGCUCCGAGCCGACGGCCGCGUUCGCGGGGCCCUCGGGCGCCUACGAGGAGAGCAUCAUGUGA